UAUUCAGAUCMRUACAGAACGACGAAGAAAACAGAAGAAAACUUUAGCUGUGAAGUAUUGCACCUUWUUGCUCRAAGUAUYCUCAAGUGUGACUGAAUACUGCUUGAAUCAUGGUCAGACUGUUUGUUGCGUUCAUUGCGUUGUGCCUCAUCAACGAUGCCUUCCCAGCACCGGCCAAACCGAAAGAUCGUUGCUCCGAUGUAAUGGACAUUGCAUUCAUACUGGAUGCUAAACUUAGCUUAUCUACUUGGAAAAAGUUGUUACGUGUAUCUAAGAAGAUUGUGGACGAAAUUGRUGCAUCUGAAGACGGUAAUCAUUUUGCUGUCAUGACCUUCAGCACCGAACCACAAAUUGAUAURARAUUCAACAAAUACAACGGAUCAGAUCUCAGCCGUGAAAAGAUCAAUGGUGACAUCGAUGGUUUAAAAAGAAAAACAGGCUAUAAGUUUAUUGAUAGAGCACUUCUUGCAGCASAGAAAGAAGUGUUUACURUUGAGGCUGGUAUGAGACAGAAAGCCAGGAAGGUUGCCGUUGUCAUAACAGAUGGCAUACAAACAAAGAACAGAGGUCAGUUUGUGAAUCUAUACGAAGCUUCCAAUGGCCUGAAAUCGAAAGGUGUCGAAAUUUACUCAGUAGGAGUGGGUGAGGACAUUGAUGUGCUGGAGUUGCUGGACAUGGCCAGCUCAGAGGACAAURUAUUUGGUGGAYGGUMUAUUUUAAGUGAGUUUGGUGAAUUCAAAAACUCAUUUUGUUAAUCCAAUUCAAUAGGCCGUUUCCAUGGUGUCCUCAUCUUACUACCACUAUCAAAAUGCUUCGCGAAUUUUCUUUCUCAUUCAAACUCUUAUUUCCUCAURAGAAUAGUGAGACAAUUGGUGGCAAUUAACCGAACAAAAGAAAGUGUGCAAGUGUUUCUGGUAGUGGUAGUAAAGACGCUAUAAUGCCAGUGACCUUCUCAAUUUAAUUUAUUUCGAGCUAUAAUUUUCAAUUAAAGAUAAUUACGAAAUAAAUUAAUAUUACAUGUACAUUUACAAACUAAUUAUUAUAUUACAAUACUUUUAAAUUUGUAUGUGCCUAGAACCUAAAUAAAUGUGUUUUUUUUUUCUAGUUAGGCUUUUGAAUAAAGUAUGUUAAAUGUAA